AUGUUGAAAGUAGAAGUAAAUGGCCAUGAGUUCGAAAUGGAACUCGACAGUGGUGCGGCAAGAUCAGUCAUACCCGAGAGUGUAUGGAUUGAUAUGGGAAAACCGCGGGUUACUCCAUGCAGAGGUCAAUUAAAGGCCUAUGGAGGGAACAAAUUGCCUAUCAAAGGCAAUUGCAGGGUAGAGGUGACUUUUGAGGGUCGACACUCAGAAGUCGAGAUCGCGGUAAUGGAAGGAAGAGGCCAGGCACUCUUCGGCCGCGAUCUGAUCCGCGCACUUAACCUAGACAUGGGCCCACAUUACGUCAAACAGGUUAAGGCGGAAGAGAAAAUUUUGCCCUCUACCGAGAAACAGCUAAAGGAGGAGUUUGCGGAACUCUUCGGAGACGACCAGGGAACCUACAAAGGCCCUGAAGUGGAGCUCAGAUUCAAGAAAGCGCCGGUCCCUAUAUUUUUCAAAGCCAGACCAGUACCUUUUGCUCUAAAGUCCCAAGUUGAUAAGAAACUGGAUGAAUUAGAGGCAAAAGGAGAGCUGAAGAAGGUAAUGAACGCGGAGUUCGCUUCGCCGUUGGUCAUAGUACCUAAGCCGGACGGAGAAAUAAGACUUUGUGUGGACUUUAAGAGAACGAUAAAUCCUCAGUUGGAUAUCCCGGAACAUCCACUUCCAACUACGGAAGUAAUCUUCCAGGCUCUCAACGGAGGGAAGAAAUUUUCUAAAGUAGAUUUAAAGUCGGCUUUCAAUCAGUUGAAGUUAGCCAAGGAUUCUCAAAAAGUCUGUACCGUCAGUACGCAAAAAGGGCUGUACCAGUACACCAGAUUGCCUUUUGGUAUCUCCUCGGCUCCGGCAAUUUUCCAGGCGACUAUGGACAGAAUCCUUCAAGGAAUCCCUAAUACGGCGGUUUACCUGGAUGACAUAACGGUCACAGGAGAAACCGACGGUAAGCAUCUCGAAAACUUAAGAGAAGUAUUGAAAAGAUUGAGAGAUGCGGGGUUGCGCCUAAAGGCUGACAAGUGUGAAUUUUUCAAAAAGGAAAUCACCCUGUUGGGGCACAUCAUCAAUGCGGAAGGCAUAAAAGCCCUCCCACAGAAAAUCGAGGCUAUUCAAAAUAUGCCAGCCCCCAGAAAUCUGAAAGAAUUGACAUCAGUCUUAGGCAUGAUCCAGUAUUACGCAAAGUUCGUAAAAGGAUUGUCCACCAUCGCCGCCCCAUUAAACCAGUUAAGGAAAAAAGGGGAAAAGUGGGAUUGGGGACCACAGCAGCAGUACGCUUUUAGUCAACUUAAAAAGAAGUUGACGAGCUCGGAGGUAUUGGUUCAUUACGACCCGAAAAUACCCGUAAGACUCUCGACGGACGCUUGCGAUUACGGAAUAGGAGCACAGCUGGAACACGUUUAUCCAGAUGGUUCAGUCAAAGUGAUCGGUUAUGCAAGCCGAUCAUUGAUUCCAGCAGAAAGGAAUUAUGCCCAGAUAGAAAAGGAAGGGCUGGGAAUUGUGUAUGGCGUCAACAAGUUCAAUCAGUACUUGUUCGGACGCAGAUUCACGUUGCUAACGGACCAUGCUCCGUUAGUUAGAAUCUUUGGCCCCAAAAUGGGAUUACCAACAGUUGCAGCUAGAAGACUGCAGAGAUGGGCUACACAGUUAAUGGCUUAUUCUUUUGAUAUUGAGUAUGUCCCCACGGAUAAGUUUGGAAACGCCGAUGGGUUGUCAAGACUGCCAAAUCCGAAAGAGAAGCCUACCAAGGCAGCAAGAGUGGAAGACCUAAGUGUAGCCGCUAUUGCGGAGACAAUCACGUACCCAAUAGCAUUUAAAGAGCUGGAGGAGGAAACGGAAAAUGAUAAGAUCCUCGCUCAAGUUGUCAAGUGGGUAAAGAAAGGGUGGCCAAAGAAAUGUCCUCAAGACCAAUUAGUACCGUAUUUUCGGAAAAGACACUCUUUAACUAUCCAAAAAGGAUGUUUGUUAAAGGGAAACUAA